CAAUUGCAGGAUAUACAUGUCAAAUACUAAUGGGAAAGAAGGUAGUGGAAGUUCAGAGAACACACAGCCUCCUCAGAAUGCUCCCUUCUUUGGGUCCUUCUCUCUGACUGCUCCAGUAUUCCUUGUUCCAUCCAGCUCAACCAACAACAUCAACCUUGGAAACAACCAAACAAAGUACAGACCAAUAUUUUCCAAUGGCCAAUCGUCUAACCAGGGCUCAAGUCAACCCCAUCGUGACAUGAGCCUACAUUCUCAAGCCUUGGACCUUCAAGCACUGAGCUCAUCUCUUGCCACUCAACAGGUACAGAAAUCUAUGCCUGUACCUCUGUACCAGGGCAAAGUAUUGAACCCCGUUGCUGUUAAACCAGUUGCUGUUAAAAGUGUCACCAGCAAGAAAUCAAAAGGAAAGGCUGCAGCAAAACACAAAUUCUCUUCUAAGUUCAGCCCACCCAAGUUACCCAAGCUCCCACCUCAACUGAACUCUGCAAAUUUUCCAGAUUUGUCAACAAACUCCCUGGCCAUGAUGGAUAGGUUAGGCAUGUCAAGGAAGAGAUCAAGAGAUAGGAUAGAAACUAAAGACAACUCAUGCCAGACUAGUGGCUGGAAGUUCAUGUCAGAGAUUGGAACUAUUGAAGCUCUAAAAGAGAAGAACAAAAACAGAGACAAGCAAGCCUCCAAAUCCACUAUCGUAGCCACACUUCGAGAUGUAUACCGCAGAUUUAAACAAAAGAUCGAGGUGAUGAACUAUGAGUCCCCGGACUCUCACAGCUACCUUAUGGACUCUGUUGUGGAGGACUUCCAAAGGUGGUUAAAACAACAGCAUGCAGACUCUAAAAACACUUGUCUGCUUUGUGAACAGACUUUCUUGAACGAGAAAGCUGUGCAGCAGCAUCUGGUGUCAUCUUGUGUUGUGUUAAGGACGAUAUUCACCGAAACUGUGGUAGGUCUUCCUCAAACAACGACUCCCGAUCCCGAGGUAUCAACUCAGACUGCUGAGGAGAGCAUAGAGAAAACCACCAAUCCUAUCAUCAUUCAAGAAAUCUUCUCCAAAAGUUAUCUCCACAACAACAGUGUCCAGGGCCUCAAGGGCAAAUGCAUUUUCUGUGGAGAAACGGUAAAGAACAAAGAAGUAUCUGACACUGAUAUGUAUCUCGACAAGAGACAUUUGUUUGAUUCGUGUAUCGUCUUCAAAUCGUUUCUUAUAUUUCAUGGUGAUUCCUACACUUUGGAAACUUCCCAGAAGGUCGGUACUUCAUGGACCUUCCAGUAUUACUACUGUCUUCUCAACUAUUACGCUCUCAACUUCCAACACGACAUCCACGACUUGCGGUUCCUGCAGGAAGAUAAAGCUCACUUCAUUGUACAGAUCAUGGAGUCCAUCACGGAGAGUAUAAUCCACCGGGCAUCAGACUGUCCCCUGUGUUAUUCAAACAUCACAAAUCCUGCCGUGCUGAAGCAUCACAUAUCAUUCUCCCUCUGUCCGUUCUUGUUGAAGUUCUACAAAGAAAUGCGCACUCACGUGGACACUGUUUGGAAAGUUCCUGGACAGAUUGAGUCGCUUAGAAUGAUGAGCAGCUGCUUCCAAUACUUCAUGAGUUUUCAAUGUGUUGCUAAACCCAUCAUGAUCAAACAGUCCAUUCUACCUGAUGCUCUGGCGUACAAACUGUUGGAGAACGCCAUGUACUUUAAAUCAUUGGACCAGGGUUUUAAUUUGCAGUAUUACAAAGCACCAAAAGAAACGGCCAUCGCGGUGAAAAUCGAGGAACAACAACAACAGUGGGCCGAGGAAGUUCUGCAGUGUAAGAGUAGCGACAUUGCCACUGAGUGUCCCUUUUGCUUCACAACCUUCAACACGGAGAGAAAUCUACUGAAGCACAUCGUGUACAUCUCCUGUAAGAGCAUCAGACCUGUGUGUCAGCAGAUUUACAACUUGCUGGAGUAUUGUGAGUGGGAUGUUCAGAACCCUGUGGCAAUAAUCACUCAACACUCCUGCUACAUAAUAAAACAAGCUGUGUUACGGGGGGAAUACGAGAUCAAUCUCCAGAAGGAGCAACUAACUGAGUACAUCACCAUUGUCACCGCCAAGUUCCUCAACUUUAAUCUCACUGACAGAGUUAAAAGUAUUCUGUUUGAGAGUACAGAACAGUCCAUCUUGGAGCCGACUCUGAACUACGACGAAAACAAUCUGUUUCAAGAGUUUUUCUCGUGGGCAAAACGAGUGAUAAAGAAGAAGAACGGUGCAAUGUGUCCGCUCUGUGGACAAGACAAAGGUUUGUUUAACACGCUGGUAAAUCACCUGGCACUUGGAGCAUGUCCUUAUCUCAAACAGUUUCUCCAAGUUAUGGACGAGAUAUACCAGUUCAACCACCUCUUCAGGCCUUGCCACGCUCCUCCCAAUAUCCUCAUAAGUAAAAACAGAUCCAUCACCUUCGACUUUGUUCACCACAUUCGCAAAGUUUUGUUUCUUUUCAAGGGAUCAACCAAGUGUUCCAAGUUUUUUGAUCACGAAGAAUUUGAAACAUUUUUGAUCAACUCUCCCCAGAACUAUGUCAAGCACGCGAACUUAAUGUCGUAUGUUAUCAGUAACGACAGUACGACCUGCUCGUUCUGUUUCAUGGACUUCAAGUCCCAAGACCACCUGUUGCUGCACCUCCAGUUCUUGAGGUGUCCCACUAUCAUGUUCAUUGUGGACCUGGUUAAGAAUGAAUGGAACAAAUGCGGCAAAGGUAUGGCUAAGACGGACAAAAUGCUCGAGGUUAUCAAAAUUUAUUCGUCCAUGUUCGAAAUGGACCCCAACACUGUCAUUUCUUCUGGCAGCAUGAAGAAAUAUUUCAGUGAAAACAACAACAUGGCCAUGCUACAUAACUUCAAAUCUCUACAGUCCUGGGCCCAGUCCAUGUUCACGUACGACGCACGAUCCACACUGAACAUCUGCAAUGCUUGUAACGUUGCAGCGGAGUUGAUAGAACGACAUUUGUGGUUGGAGGAACCUGUCGAGAACUUCUGUCCAGAGAUCAAAUCUUAUCUCGACUUCCACCGGAGAAUGGUGUGUAAGAAGGAUAAUCGUGGUGAGAUCAAAGCGUCCUUUACUGUGACUGAUCUGUUUGAGAUAAAGAGAUUUAUCCAGAGUCAGUACAGUCACUUACACAAGAGCGUGAAGACUGAUAUCAGCAGUAAACAGUCCAUAAUCUCACCAACUCUUAGAAAGCAGAUCAAGGAAUCUAUCAACAUGACUCUGAAGAUAUAUCCUAGAUACGAUGGUACCAUGGAAUCGUUCAGGUUGAUGUAUGGCACCUCCCCAGGAUUCCUUGCCAACCAACUAGCGAUUGCCGACAAGAUCGCAGUGUCCAAGAUCUGUUUCCUGUGUGACAUAAUGUUUCAGACGAUAGAAGACGUGCGUUACCACAUAGCCACGUUUGAGUGUCGGGUGUUACAGAACAUGUUACAACAUGUCAAGCUACAAGACCAGAUUGAUGAGGGUGUUGUGAAGAGUGAGUUACUGAACGCGUACAAGCGAACUGUUGCUUACUGUCGUGAACUCUACCCCAACUUGUAUGAGGGUAAUCUCCUGCUGGUCAUGGAAACUGUGGACUCUCAGUGCCAUUCUAAGCUUUACAAUUUCAUCAUGUCCAAGAUUCCCAGAAAUAACCCCUACAAAUGUAGUUUUUGUACCGAAACCUUCACUUCAAUGGGGGAGAUCUAUUCUCACUAUAAGAAAAUCCAGUGUCUCGGACUAAAGGACUGCUUUGGUUUCAUCCCCAACAAAGGUCCAUCAGGCAUUAAACACCCCUUCCUCCUCGCUGUCUACAAAAUCUUCCUCAGCUGCUACAACACGUUUGGUAUGCGGAAUCAGAGCAAACUGAAAGCUCUGUUAGUUGGAGUUAACAACCUGGCAGAUUCCUACGAGUUCUGGUGCUCCAACUACUGUGAUUCUCUGGUACCAGAGUGCCCGUUUUGUGGACAGGAUCUACUGUCUGUGUCCAUGAUUAAAUCUCAUCCCCUGAUGUGUUCCAAACUGAGGGAAACUAAUCUGGAGGUAUUUAGAUCUGAUAGAUUACAGGACUCCUCCUUCAUGAAACAACAGGGGCUUGGGUCUUGUAAAUUGACAGGAGAGUUGCCGAGAGAAGUAACAAAAGAGAGCGAAGGAGUACCGUUUAUGCAGCGGUACAGAUGUUCACAAUACCUUGGUUGGAUCCCACUCUGUCUGGAUUGUGCCACCAGUAACACCUCUAACUCCGCCAUAGACGAGGAAACGUGUCGCUUCCUCUGGUUCCGGAGACUGGUGAAGAAGGAUACUAGACUCUUUGUAUUUGAUUUCGAGAGUUGUCAAACUGCAGCUAAUAUCACAAGUUGGGUUCCUUCCAGGAACGCUGUUCUAGAACUCGAGGUCGAUGCAGCUAAAUACAUCCUCAGACAUCUGCUGCCUCACUUUAACCUUCUCAUGUCCUUCGAACUGUGGGAACUCGAGAAUGUUCCAAACAUUAGAUUGAAGCACCAAGUGAAGAAUGUUCGGGAACUAUGCGACACCUGCACCACUACUCUCUUUAACAUCCACCUCUUCUGUCCGAGGUGUGGCUAUGUUAUCUGUAUGGAUUGCUACCGAGACAGGCUUGCAGGUUUUGUGUCGACUGGAUUAGCGGAUUGCAGUGAUGGAAGUGUUCACAAUCUCACUUCGCUGGAUACCUGUCUUACUAUUCCACCUAGAGCUGUUAAACAAUUGUGUAGUGCAGUGGAGGCUGUGAAGGAUUUGCACUGUAUCUCCGUUACCGAUAUUCCUUUUACGAGAUGUCCUACUGGAGACGUUCCACACGAUCUGAUUUGUAACGGACAAGUACUAGCUCUAAAGGAAAGAGGACACCCCGACAAUGUGGGCCUGUUCUCUAAGUUCCACCAGAAGGGAAAUGCGGUUGUAGUGUACGGAUCCGCCAGUGAUAGCAUUAACAAAAACCUCUGGAACCCUGAUAGCUUCAGCAAACAUUUCGGUAACGAGAGAGAACUGGUGAUUAACACCUCUACAUUGGAGGUUCACCGUAUCUCCCUCAAAGACUUCUUCGACGGUUUCGCCAAUGUGAACGAGCGGCCGAGGAACGAGAAUGGUGAUCCUAUGGUCCUCAAGUUGAAGGACUGGCCGACCACCUGGGACUUCAAGGAGAAACUACCUCAAUGGUACGAUGACUUCAUGAGAGUUAUACCUCUGAAGACAUACACGCAAAGAGACGGGUUGUUCAACAUAGCCCGCUACCUUCCUAACAUAUACUGCACUCCUGACCUUGGCCCUAAGAUGUACAUUGCUUACAGUAACGCUAACAACCCUAACGAGGCUAGCACUGUGUUACAUAUUGACAUAUCAGACGCUGUAAACGUGGUCAUGUACGUAGGACAGUCUCAGGAUGUCGUUAUUAAUUACGACGACGAUUCGGGGUCUUCUAAAUCUGAUUCGUCUUUCUUGAAAAGGAAGGUUUAUGCUCUCAAAGACAUCUGUGAAGACACUGAUGACAAACAGUUGGAGAGGAUAAGACGUGACAAAUGUAAAAUAGGUGCACUUUGGCACAUCUACCACCCAAACGACAUCGACAAGAUCCGGCACUUCAUCCACAAAGUGGCUAACGAGAACGGACAGACCCUGCCGUCUGGACACGAUCCAAUACACGAUCAGGCCAUGUACAUUGAUAAGAAAAUGAGGAAACGUCUCUUCCAGGAGUACGGUGUGAGAGGUUGGCCGAUAGUGCAGUGCGAGGGAGACGCUGUCUUCAUCCCAGCAGGAGCCCCGCAUCAGGUCCGCAAUCUUCAGAGCUGUAUCAAGAUCGCUGAGGAUUACGUUUCUCCUGAGCGAGUAAGCUUUUGCCUGAAGCACACUCAAGAGAUCAGACACUUAUCAAAACAGCAUUCUAACCAAGAAGAUAAACUACAGAUCAAGAACCUGAUCUACCACGGAGUAAAAGAGUGUGUCUCAGUACUCCAGAACAACCUGCCCACUAAGGACCUCUGUAUCUGUAAGCCUAUUGAGACCUGUUCCUCAAGUACACAGUUCACAGCCCCACAACCUGACGACUCCAGAGAUCUGGUAAUUGAGAGACUUCAGGCUGAGAUGGAGACCAUCAGGAAGAACGCCACGCUCGAGAAGAAAAGUUUUAAGGAUCAGCUUGCUAAUAAAGAGGCUGAUUUCAACAAAGCGAGGAAAUGUUACGAGAUGGAAAAGCAGACCAACAAAGAACUCAGAUCAAAUCUUACAAAGCUAACAAAAACGAGGCAAGAAGAGCAAGCUUCUCAGAGUUUCGUCAAAGUUCUACCGGUCUCCUAUCAAACUUCGUUCAGCUCGCGUGGUCACGAGAUCCAAAAACCAGAAGCGAGAGUACAGGAGCUCAGAAAGCCAGAACCUCGCCACCCUCAACAUCGGAAUGUGGAGCCGAGACAUUCUGAGCAUUCCAAGAGAUCAGAAACACGUUCUUUCGAUGUCCGGAGUGCUGAAACCCUCCACAAAGCUUCGAGUUCCUCUCACACGGACCUGAAGAGAAGUCAGUUCUCAAACUUUGAACCAACUGAUUACAGAAGGGCAUCUUCCUCGCAAAGCUCGUCUUCCCAGCCUAGUUCCAGUAAUUCAAGAGAUCCGCGCCUGAAGUCAAAAAUGGUAGAGAAUGAGCCAGAGGUAGCCAACGCUCCGGUUUGGGGACCUCCUAGACACUUGAACAGCCGACCUACAACAGUGGUUCCAAGGUCAGCGUUCCAGGGAGUGCAACACGCUGUUCAGGACCUCAGGACCAAGAAACCGCCCCCUCAAAAGGUCCGAAAAACUCCUGAGACUCCCGAGCCGAUGGACACUAACCAGGAUAGUUGUAGUCCAAGUCCAGCUGGACUGUUCGGUGAUGGACCCAAGAGUAAUCUGGAGAUGCUGAGUGCAGUUUCAUCGGUGCAGCCAAAGUGUUACCCGUCUAAUAGGGUGUACGAUCAGGGAGCCUCUAAUUCGGAGACAGAUUCAAAUGAGGAGGCUCUAAACCCACAGUACGCGGGGAACUUUGCUCCAACUCCUCCAGCAAGUAAAGCUUCCGUUAUUCCUGGUCCAUUCAGUAGCCCUUCAGUGUCACCAGGCUUCAACCCGAAAUCUCUGAACCUCCAGAUUUCGUCGCCAAAACAACCGGCGAUAUUCUCUAAACAGCACAACCAGAAAAAGGCUACAUAUAACAAAGUGAAGGAAGAAAUAGUGGGGAAACCCAGACAAGGGCAAGCCAGCAACAAACCAAACGCCCUCUCGGAGAUAUUCCCUCUACAACCUGCUUACUCCAACAACACCUACUCCACUGUGAAACAAGCGAUAACGAAGAAAGAUAUCAAGCCAGAGCUGCGGACACCGCCAAGUGAACGUGUCAAUCCUCCCACAUUCGCCCCACACUUAGCAUCCUAUCUCCCGGAUAUGCUGACCAGGUCAGCUUGUGCUCCGGACCGAUCCACAUGGAACACAGGGCACAGGAAGACAGUCGCAUCGCCCGUUACACCGACCAUUUCACCUGCCGUCACCUCUCAAACGGUGGUCACCUCCCCUGCCACACCUCCUCCCAACCAGCUAACCCUCACUCAGCGGCAGUCUUCUUUCUCUACCCCUCCUAUAGGGCGAGCUACUGACCGCUCUGUCCCGCCUAAAAACGAACAAUCCCAGCAAUCAUCCUGUGAGCUGCAAACAAACCAGUCACUUCAAGGUGGCUCGCUUAUCAGGGCGAACAACACGUUUAACCUGGAUGUUCGGAGAGCAGCUAUUCCAGUGAAUCCUAUACCGAUUACAGGGACAGGUCAAAGAGCUCGAGGUUUGGGUUCUGAUGCUCUGAGAGCACGAUCAAAAAGUAACGAGUCUUACGCUUCCCUUAGUUCCUCCUCCCCUGAUAUUGCAGUGCCCCAGAAAGCUGGUGAUAAACCGCCUGCUAGCGAAAGUGUAGCUUCUACUGAGUCAACUAGUGCUACUACAUCUCAAUCCAAAGUGGUUUCCGGUCAAGCUGAGGUUCAAGUGUCAUCCAGGGACCCUAGACUUGCUCGACGGCCUUCCGGUGAAACGAAACAGAAUGAAGUUGUAAAGCAUCAAGAUGAAACUAUUACCUCUUCAAACGAGGCUACUAACAGCAGCAGUAAACAACGUGUUGCCAAAUCUGAUGAUUCAGUCCAGAAAACUUUGAAUGUGCCUGCAGUAGCUAAAGGGUCCACUGCACCGUCCGAAGCAAAGGAAACUUCUGAAGCUAAAGUCACUUCCACUACUACUUCCAGUUCUAAAGACACGUUAACGGAAGAGCAGAAGCGGCUGUAUUGCCUCCCAGAGCCAGAAAAGCUGGUGAUAUUUGACGAAGCACUUUUGACCCGACUGAGAAAGAAACGAGGGCAGGGAUCAGCUGAAGGGACCAAUAUUGUGGGUACUUCGAACAUGAGUAGUGUAGUUGCUGUGAGCCCUGCCUCCAGCAGCAUAGUCGUGAACCCUCUCCUGCGCAAGAAGGCAGCUCCGGUUCCAGCAUCUCCCCCGAAAGUGCCCCGUAAACCCCAUCUCGCUCACACAGUUGAUGCUAUUCUCAAGUCUGACAAAAUACCACCAGCUAGAAUGCCGCCCACGGUAGAGGUUCCUGCACCGACUUUUGACGCGUCGACUGCAGUUUCAAGAUACGAAGAUAUAGUGAACCCUGCUUUAGCAGUGCUGUCUGGUAUAACCAGAUCAGCCAAACGGAGCAGGGAAUCUUCUGGAAACAGUGUAUCGAGUUUAGGCAACAUGCCAGUUUUAUCACCAAUAUCCCCGGCCUCCACGCCUCCUAUGAGUUCUACUCCAGGAGAGGCUCCACCCCUUCCGCCUGGAUCUCCACCUCGCACUGACACUCCCCCAGCUCCACCGCCAGAACCUACUUCAUUACCCACUGUUCUUCCAACCACCACAACUCAACCUAUCCUCCUCCCACCACCGGGCUCUGAUGUGGUGAUACCGCCCCUCCUUCUUACCCCUCCAGAGCAGACAAAACAACCGAUACUUCUACCUCCACCAGGAAAAGAUCUCACCGAGCCACCCAUUCUUCUCCCUCCGCCCGGUGUCGACCCAAUCCCUCUUCUACCUCGCCCUGAUCAGAUUGAGAUGUCUCCAACUGAGCCCCUUGAAACAUUGACGUCUGAUCGUGUUGCGUUCCCCAGAAAAAGGAAAUGCUCUAAAUCUUCGAACUACAGGAAACGGUCCAGCGAGACCAGCGAUGACGAAGGUGGAGACGUUCAGUUGGCAUCAAAAAUUUGUCAGAAUCAGGAUACAACCCUCAUCGUUAAUGAUUCAAAAUCAGACUCGAAGCCGAAAAAGGUCAAGGACUCUCAGAAAACUCAUAAGAAAAGAUCAUCAGAUAAAGGAAUCAAGUUAGAUUCUUCCCAAAGUAAAAAGAAACACGGUAAAAAGGAUCGACAAUCCAAACACGCCUCAGCAACCAACCUGACGCCUAAAAAAGAUCGUCGAAAAAAGGGGUCAUCAGAGUCGGAGUCAAAAUCCACACCAGUGUCUUGUUCUAGCGAAACCACUCGAGAACGAGCACCAAAAAUGAAAACUCCUCCUCCGUCGGACAGCGAGCAGAAACUGAAUAAGCAGUCAGGGUCAUCCUCCAGCGUGAAAUCGAGGAGACGAUCCAAGAACACGUCUUCAGGAACACCACCUCGACAGUGUUCGAAAGAAGAAUCAGACACUGCUAGGGACUCGGAGCGGGGUUACUCGAGUAGAGACACAUCUCGGAGACCAUUAUCAGAUGACACCAGACGAUCUGAUCACCGGAGACCGGACGAGAUUCUCCCAGCGCGGAGAUCCCGAACUAGAACUACCUCCAGUGAAAGGGUGGUCCGAUAUCAGGAGAGACAGUCACCUGUUUUUACUAGGACAAUUAAUGUGGGCCGGGACUCCCAAACUGAGGUUAUUAGUCACAAGAGGAAAUCAAGGAGGCGAAAGUAGAGCAAUAUUGUUCUGUCCGAUUUCUUAGUUUUGGUUUUUCGUUAUUUUUACAAUUUAUUAAAUUAUGCCUGUUCAUAUAAGCUUUUACCGGUCUUAGAUUUAAUUUCUAUAAUAUUAUGACUUUGAUUUAUUCUGAAAUCUGAAUACUUUAUUGCCGUUGACUUUUGUUAGGAUUGUUCAUUAUUGCAUUGUAGCGAACGUUUGAAGUUAAUUUAAAGUAAUCAGCAAUGUUACAAAUGAAACAACUUGCUAAAAUGUUAUUGUUAUCCGCACAGAUUUCUAAAAGAGCCUCUGGUGUAACGAAACACUUGGUUUUGAAACAAAAUGUAAAAUACUUUAUAGCCAAAGAUUCAUUUAGCAAAAAUUCAAUUUUGAUUGUUUUCAGAAAAUCUAUUUUAAAGACUAUUUUAGUAAUUAAAUGGCUUUGCAAAUGAAUUGCCAUGUGUUGGCUUAUUUGAUGUUGAUCAGUAGUUCUGAAGAAUAAUGCGCACUUACUGUCAGAGUUACUAGACCUAUUAAACAUUCAAUAACCUCAUUUUACUAGAAA